AUGUCCACAUUCCCUUCUCACGACGCCGCCACCAACACCCUCGCCCCCGUGCGCACGCCUCUCGAGUUUUCGCUGCUCCUCUCCUCGGCCGUCGACGUCUUUGAGCUGCACGCGCGCCGCCGCCGCGCCGCCUCGCUCGUCACCGGCGACGUUGGCCUUUUGCACGCCGUCGACGACCGCCUCGCCGCCUACGGCUUCGAAACGAAUACGGGCACGCGCCUCGUCUGCGUGGUCGACAUGCGUGGUCGACGAGUUGGCGGUACCGUGGUAUCAUCAUCAUCAUCAUCGACGGGCGGUGGUGGCGGGCCGGGCUUGCGGGACGCGGAUCUGAAGCCCGUGUUUAGGGCCAUGCAGGACGCAUAUGUGAGGUUGCUGCAGAAUCCGUUUUAUGAUCCGGAGAGGCAUGUGCCGUUGGGGGGUCGCGGGGGAGCCAAGAUUACAAGCAAGGCGUUUGGGGAGGCGAUGAGGCGGAUAGGCGAGUCGUGGACGCCGGGCGUGACGAGCUUGUGA